AUGGCUACCCACAAAGCCUCUGCCGUCACUAUUGACGAGUUCGAACUUCUAAGGGGUCGCAACGCGGCCGGGGCAUUGCUAGCUACCACUCUAAUGAUCCUGUCAGCCCGCCGCAAAUUCAUCCACCCGGGCUCCGUUCUCCACGAUCAGGUCAUAGCUAGGAGUGCCACAGCCAGCAAGUACGCCAAAACCGUUCAAGACGUGAUCUUCUAUACCAUAUAUGGCCUGCAUGGCAUCGAGACCGUCUAUUUCGCCCUGACGAAGCUGAAGAAGCACAAUGUCAAGAUCUUCAGUCCGGUCUGGUUCCAGUGGAUUAUCGCUGUGUUCCUGGGAGGGACCUUUGCCCAAAAGCAUUUCGAUGAAGUGGUGGAGACGAAGGAAAUCAAGACCAUCAAAGAGAUUUGA